AUGGAAGGCCUCCCCGGCGGACUGCGAACUCCAGGGGCAAUCACGGUCCCCGCAUGGUCCUGUCAGCGCCAGCCGUGGCACCGUCUGCGAAACGCCAAACUCAGUUACUGGAAACUGGAAGAGAAGGACAUGCAUUGCUCUUUGCCUGAAGCUUUGCAGAAGGCAUUUUCAUGUUCCUCUGCAGAGAGCUCUUCGGGCCAGUCUAAAAGUAGUAAUGAGAUGAAGCUACCAUCAUUGAAGGAUAUUUAUCAUAAAAAACAAAGGGAAAACAAUCAGUUACCUGAGAGGAAUCUCACUUCUGCUUCCAACCCAAAUCAUCCACCUGAGGUCCUGACUUUGGACCCAACAUUACACAUGAAGCCAGAUCAGCAGCUUUCCGGGACUCAGCCACCUGGCUUCUUGAAUGCUUGUGGGGACAGAAUAUCCUUUUCACCAGACUCUGUUCUGCAACCAAGUAUGUCUGGUCACUCUGACAUCGACUCAUUUUCACAAGCAAGUAAUGACACUUCUCAGUUAUCGGGAUUCCCAAAAUAUCCUUCAAGUACGAAAGCGUCACCAGUGGACUCUUGGAAAAAUAACGUGUUCCAGAGUGAAAGUAGAACCAGUUCCACAUUUCCUUCUUUAUAUACUGUCACUAGUAAUGAUAUCUCAGUCAACACUGUAGAUGAAGAAAACACUGUCGGUCAGUCCCAGCUUCCAAGUACAGCCAACAGUGUCCCAGAAUGCAUUUCCUUGACAUCUAUGGAAGAUCCUGUGGUGCUGUCUACGAUCAGGCAGAACCUAAAGGAAAAGCAUGCUCGACACAUAGCUGAUCUUCGAGCUUAUUAUGAAUCAGAAAUAAAUAGUUUGAAACAGAAGUUAGAGGCAAAAGAACUUUCUACAAUUGAAGAGUGGAAGAAGACCAAUCAAAUUCUUACAGACAGAUGUGGCCAGUUAGAUAGUGCUUUGAAUGAAGCUACCAGUCGUGUGAGAACACUUGAAAAUACGAAUAACUUACUAGAAACAGAACUGAGUGAUUUGAGAGAACGCUUCAGUGCAGCCAGUAGUGCCUCCAAAAUUUUGCAGGAGCGAAUUGAAGAAAUGAGAACCAGCAGUAAAGAAAAAGACAAUACGAUCUUUCGACUGAAAUCUAGACUGCAGGAUUUGGAAGCAGCAUUUGAGAAUGCUUACAAACUCUCAGAUGAUAAAGAAGCUAGACUGAAACAGGAAAAUAAGAUGUUUCAAGACCUCCUGGAAGAGUAUGAAUCCCUUGGAAAAGAGCAUGGCCAAGUAAAGGAUACCUUAAAUACAACUGAGAACAAAUUGCUUGAUGCAUACACUCAGAUUUCUGAUUUGAAAAGAAUGGUUUCAAAACUUGAAGCUCAAGUGAAGCAAGUAGAACAUGAAAAUAUGUUAAAUCUUCGUCAUAGUUCUAAAACUGCCAUGAGACCCUCACGUGCCAAUAGCAUGCUAGCUACCUCGGAUGUCAGCAGGCGGAAGUGGCUGAUACCUGGUGCAGAAUAUUCCAUCUUUACCGGUCAGCCUCUAGACAUCCAAGACAGGAAGGUGGAUAACCAGCUGGAGGAACCCCAUGUUCCUGGGUACCAUUCUCCUCCGGAAAAGGAUUCUUCAUCCGGAAGUUCAUCAACAAGCUUAUUGGUUAAAAAACAAAAAGAAACGUCAGACACGCCAAUUAUGAAAGCUUUGAAAGAACUCAAUGAAGAAAGAAUAUUAAAAAAUUGGGGGACACAGACAGAGAAAGAGGACACCUCAGAAUUAGUGAAUUCUCGGCAUACUGAGUCUUCAGCAAGUCGUUCACCAGAGAAAUGUGCCCAACACAGACAAAAGAGACAGAGUUCUACUUCGCAGAGAUCAUCGUCUUUACCACCUUCCAAUCGUAAAUCCAGCACUCCAACCAAAAGAGAGAUUAUGUUAACACCAGUGACUGUGGCAUAUAGUCCAAAGAGAUCCCCUAAAGAAAACUUGUCCCAUGGAUUUAAUCAUCUGCUUAGCAAAAAUGAAAGUAAUCCAAUUCGAUUUGAUAUACUUUUGGAUGAUUUAGAUACUGUUCCUGUGUCCACAUUACAACGAACCAAUCCAAGAAAACAGCUCCAGUUUCUUCCUCUACAUGACUCAGAAGAAAAAAACUAUUCAGAAAAACCUACCGAUGACUAUGCCAGUCAUAGCUCUAGCCCUGAACCCUUGCCAAACGGAGUGAAGACAGUGUCUGUGAGACCAGCCUGGGAGAAGACUAAGUCAGUUAGCUAUGAGCAGUGUAAGCCUGUUUCAGUAACACCACAGGGUAAUGAUUUUGAAUAUACAGCAAAAAUUAGGACCCUAGCUGAAACGGAGCGAUUUUUUGAUGAACUUACAAAAGAAAAGGACCAGAUUGAGGCAGCACUGAGUCGAAUGCCUUCUCCUGGAGGAAGAAUCACUUUACAGACAAGAAUGAAUCAGGAAGCGUUGGAGGAUCGUUUGGAAAAGAUCAAUCGAGAACUGGGUUCAGUUCGCAUGACGCUAAAGAAGUUCCAUGUCUUGCGCACGUCUGCAAAUCUUUGAGAUUUGUAGCCAUUAAAUUUGAGCCAUUUUUGUUUGCACUAAUGUAUGUAUAAUUAUGCACUCAGAAAAGGCAAGCUAUUUUGUACUGGUUUAUAAGCCUUCAAAUAGUAGUUUUACAAUCAUGCUAUUCUUAACACUUGCUAUUUUAUACUUCAGACAGCCACAUAUUUUCAAGAUAUUUUUGUUAUGCUCAGGAAUCUCUUGUAUAUUUUACUAUUUAAAAAGCAUUAUUUUUAAAUAGUAUAUGUCUUCAAUUUAUAACAAGAAUAAGGAAAUAUACAUAGGGGAAGCAACUUGUUUCUAAAGAAAUAGUGUUAACCUUUUAUGAUGAACUUUUGCACACCAAUUUUAUACAGUUGUUCUACAUUAUAAAUACAUUUUAAAAAACAAAUGCCUAACAGUUUCCAUAGUGAUAGACGAAUACAUGUUGAAUAUUAAAAAUAUAGCAUAUAUUGGCUUUCAGUUAUGUAGGUUUUU